CCGGAGAAAAGGCAGAAGCUGAGCGGGAUUUUGGCGGGUUUCUUGAACCGGGCUUCAAUAGUCUGUGUACGAGUUUUUACAUCUCCCUGAGAGCAUUUGCAAUUCUAGUCAAAGCCGGUGCGAAAGCAGCGCCCGGCGGAGCGGGGGCUGCGGGCGAGGCGGAGCGGAGCGGGACGGAGGGGCACUGCCCGCCCGCCAGGCUCACAGGUCCACUGACUCCUCCGUGCACAAAACGGAGACAGAAAGUUUUGCUGCAGGUUUUGGGGAGAAGAAAAUAGCACGCCUUCUCUGCGGCGAAAAUCAACCCCCUUUCGCAAGGGUUGCUAGUGGGGAGAGGAGGUUACUUGGCUUCCCGGUCAUUUUAUUUUGUUUUGGUUUGGUUUAUUAUGUGCAUCGGUCUCCUGAAUGCUCUCCUGCCCAGGGAAAACGCUGUCUUCUGUUCGCCGAGCGACAGAAAGCGAGGGAAACACAUAUCCCCCCCUCACCAAACCCCCCGAAUUCCCUCCCCUCCCCCCUCAUCCUCACAUCUAGCAGGCAAGACUGCUGCUCCCGCUGCUGUAAUCUUCCCUUCCAAAAUGGGUCUUGGCGAUUAUAGAAGAUCCAAAUAAACUUAGCGGGGCAUGAAUAAUGCUCAUUGUAGAAAACUGACACUUGCUCAAGGAAAAGAAAGUUGGCUAUAAAAUCACUUCAUUAUUUGCUUGUACUGCGGCUCUGGGGCUAAUCCCUCCGGAGGUCAGAUGGCUGAGCGCUCUCUCUCUCCCUCUUUCGCUUCUCUGCUUUCAGGUCGCAUUUUAGACAUCCCUUGCAAAGUGUGUGGGGACCGCAGCUCCGGGAAGCACUAUGGGGUUUACGCCUGCGAUGGGUGCUCGGGAUUUUUCAAGCGGAGCAUCAGGAGGAAUAGGACCUAUGUUUGCAAAUCAGGAAAUCAGGGAGGUUGCCCGGUGGACAAGACGCACAGGAACCAGUGCCGAGCCUGCCGGCUGAAGAAGUGCUUGGAGGUCAACAUGAACAAAGAUGCCGUGCAGCACGAGCGGGGCCCCCGGACGUCGACGAUACGGAAACAGGUGGCUCUCUACUUCCGCGGGCACAAGGAGGAGAGCGGCGGAGCCCCGCACUUCCCCGCUGCCGCCCUGCCGGCACCCGCCUUCUUCACCGCCGUCUCCCAGCUGGAGCCCCAUGGCCUGGAGCUGGCCGCUGUCACCGGCACCCCGGAGAGACAGGCUCUGGUGGGCCUGGCACAGCCCACCCCUAAGUACCCACAUGAAGUCAACGGUACCCCUAUGUAUCUCUACGAAGUGGCCACUGAAUCCGUCUGCGAGUCAGCAGCCAGACUUCUGUUCAUGAGCAUCAAGUGGGCCAAAAGUGUCCCAGCCUUCUCCACCUUGUCCUUACAAGACCAGCUGAUGCUUUUGGAAGAUGCUUGGAGAGAACUGUUUGUUCUAGGAAUAGCACAAUGGGCCAUUCCAGUUGAUGCUAACACUCUACUGGCUGUAUCUGGCAUGAACGGUGACAAUACAGAUUCUCAGAAGCUGAAUAAAAUUAUUUCAGAAAUACAGGCUUUACAGGAGGUUGUGGCUAGAUUUAGACAACUUCGGCUAGAUGCUACUGAAUUUGCCUGUCUCAAAUGCAUUGUCACUUUUAAAGCUGUGCCCACACACAGUGGUUCUGAACUGAGGAGUUUCCGAAAUGCUGCUGCCAUAGCAGCCCUUCAAGACGAAGCCCAGCUCACCCUGAACAGCUACAUUCAUACCAGGUACCCCACGCAACCCUGUCGUUUUGGAAAACUUCUAUUGCUUUUACCAGCUUUACGUUCAAUUAGUCCAUCUACAAUAGAAGAAGUGUUUUUCAAAAAGACCAUUGGGAAUGUACCAAUCACAAGACUGCUUUCAGAUAUGUACAAAUCCAGUGACAUAUAAAUUACCUUAAAAUAAACAAUCAGGAUGGACAGUCUGAGAAGAACUUCUAUCUAUGGAGAAUAAGCCUCAACUAACAAAAUCUACAGGAAGCAUAAGCCUGGGAAUGUUUAGUCCUUAAACUCAUUGACAAAAAAAUACCCCAGUAGAUAUGAUUCUGCUGCUCUGAACAGAGUGAUUUAGAUCAUGGAGAGAAUGCUUUGUUCUAUAGAAAAAGUGAAAGUGGUUGGAAUUUGGCUGCUAUUCCUGUUACUACAGGAUGGAGGCAAUUCAUAUGCCAGUCAUAGUUAACAAAGACUCUGCUAUUCUCUCAUUUAACUGGCAGAUCUGAGACAAAAUGUGAAAGAAGGUACUUUAGGUUGUUCAGUAUUUGGAACCGGGUGACCAAACUUGGCUUCUGUUGUAACACAAGAUGUGGUGGCCUUCAGAAUUGUUUUAAAAGUAGCCUAUGUUGGGAAAGUGUUUUUAAUAUGAUAGGCAACAUUUGAGAUCAAGUUACCAAAACAUUGCUUCUGCUAUAAUACAUCAUGAAGUGGCCUUCAGAACUGAUUAAAAGGUAGCUUAUGACGGCAGCUCCAUUCUUCCUACAAAAUGAACUGGUGAUCUUUGACGCAGAUGUCACCACAAUUUGUUCGGUUAACAUCUCAAAGACAGAAGAGCUUUAUACAUUUCCUCCCCGACCUUCCCUCCUUCUUCUUCCACACACACAGACAUACACUCACACACACACACACACACACACACACACACACCUGAAAAGAGACGACACAAGAAAGGAAGACUAAAACAGCAAAACCAAAUACAAUGGAGAUGACCGCUUCAGUGAUCUGCUGGCUGUCCCGUUGGCACAGUGCUGAAACCAAAGGCAACGGUGGCCAAACUCUUUGUCGAUUAAAUGUGCAGAGAAAUGAAAUGACUAUAAAAAAAAUCCAUGGAAGGAAUUUUAUUUCAAAGAAAUAAAGGCUGUUGACUGAUACAAUGCUAACUAUUUCCAAAAGUCUCCAAUGCCUUUUUAGAAAUCUCCAGGUUCUAAUUUUGAAGCCUUGUUCGCCUACACCCUCUCACACACAAGAACACGUUAUAAGCUGCUUAUUUGAUGUAUGAAAAAUGUAGAAAAAAAA